ACGAACGCCUGUCGUUCUAUGGUGUUCCACGUGGCACGAGGUUACGACAAAGUCACCAAUAACAAUGAUUGGAGUAUGCAUAAAGAUCUGACACUGAAACCAAGGUUUGGAUUUUUACACUGGGGCUGGCAGCUGAAAUUCAUGUCGGCUAAAAACGUGAAUGAGGUUUCCGACACCAUGUUACAUGUGUGUGGCGGGGCCGGGUACAAGACAGAGCUCGGUCUGGAGCGUCUUCUCCGAGACGCCAAGGCGGGAUGGGUGAUGGGUCCGAGUAACGAGGUGACACGUGGGUGGAUUGGACAAACCUCUCUUUUGGGGAUGGACGCACUGGAUUACUGGGUCCAACAUUCUCAUAAACGCGUCCUAAAUGCAGAGAUUAAGAAACUGAACAUUGAGGACAAGAAAGCUCUUUCAGAGCGUCUGCUUCGAGAGAUUGCUCUGCAGGAGAGUGGGGGCACCGGUGCAGAACCAAACCAAGACAUCAACUUCGACGACCCUUUCUCAGCAAGGUCACCAAAGCACGUGGGCGCCCUGAAAGGAGUCGACGGGAAAACGCACCUGCCGGGGUUAAAAACAGACGCUUUUGUCCCGCUGAAGCUUAUUGAACGCACCAACGAAGUUGACAACAUCGUGCGUCUGAAAUUCGCCCUCCCUAAUGCCGAAAUGCAUUCUGGGUGCAUGCCAGGCCAGUACGUGCAGGCCCGGAUUGAUGUGAAUGGGAAAAGUAAUGACCGCUACCUGUCACCUCUGUCUGUACCCUCUGACUACGGCGUGAUGGAGUUUGGGAUGCGCCUGGAGACUCACGGUUUAUUCUCCAAAGCCAUUCAAGCGAUGAAAAUAGGAGACACCAUGGAGUGCCACGGUCCAUGUGGUGGUUUUGAGUACGAACCCGGGAAACUGGAUCAGUUGGUUCUGAUUGCGACUGGAGUCAGCGCCACGCCUGCCAUACAAUUGUUUCGAACCGUUGCAAAGAAUAAAUCCGACAAAACUCGCGUGUCAUUCUUCUACCACGCUAAAACACCAGACCACCUCCUUUGUCGUGACGAGCUUGCAAGUUACACUGAAGACGACGAGCGCUUGACGACCACAUUCUGUGUUUCAGAAGCAGAUGAUAAAUGGUCCGGGCUUGAAGGAUUGAUCGAUUCCGAUUCGUUGAAACCGUGCUUGCCUGUAGCCAACGGGAAGAAAGUAAAAUUCAUCAUCUGCUCUGGCACUAAUGUUGUCAUCACAAUUCUGGAUGUUUUGUACGGCUUGCAGUACAAGAGCGAGGACAUCUACAUCUAUGGGCCAUUUGGUGUUGAGUUGCUUCGUUCUGUGUUCGGACGGAAAGCCAAACUGUCCGAAGACCACUGCUAAAACACGCAAGACUUUGCUGUAUAUGGGCGUCCCGUUUCUUUCUAACACGUUUUGUCAGUCUGGUGAUAUGGCCCCCAGUGUUUUCUCUGUUGCUGAGGUUGUGUACAUAUAGCCACCAAGUCUCAGCUCUUUGCCUCUGUAUAAACAUGUCUACAUGGUUCGGGGAGGAUGGAGGUGCCACCGAUGUUUUAGAUAUUUGCUUGUGUCAUAUCUACACCAAUAGUGUCCUUAGCCAGAAGUUACGUGCCUAUAUAUACGAAGCAUUUUCCUUGAUGAAAGAGACAUGACAGACACGAAAUUAUUGAAUUUACUGCAUGCUUAUUUUCUAACUUUUGAUUAAAAAACACAACUAUACAAAAAGUAAAUUAGUAAUCAAAUAUUUUACUCAGGGUGACUUUGUAUGCAGGAUGAGCAUAUGCUAACAUUUUAUUUGUAUUAAAUCAUGUAUUUUGGGAUAUUGACCCAUAUUUUAGAGGGUUCCCUCGGCCUAUAUACUUUCCAA